GUUCUUCCUGCAGGACGUGGAGCAGGCGCUGUACCACACGGUGAUGCUGCUGGUCCCCGUGAAGUCACAAAAAAGGAACAAAAAAGAAUAAAAUCAAAGAAAACUGGGGAAAAAAUUAAGCCACCAUUACACUGAGAAAUUGAGAACUGACAUACUGUUUGAAUGGUGUAAAUAAUGGCAUCAAAAGAAGAGUUCAGAACAGUUCAUGGUUGUUGUCCACAGCCUGAAACUGUUAUUUUCUCUCUAAAUACCUCUCUAACCGACCUAAACAACAAGGUUGUUUGUCAGGGCCUUAGUGUUGUCUAAUCUGCUCCUCUGUAGUUAAGGUUCAUCAGGAAAAGACUGUGGUCAUGGUCAGGGGUGUGUCCUGAAAUUUGAUUGGCCACCCCAGGUGCUACGCCACUAUCCAAAAGUAUGAUUGAUCUGCACAGCGAGAGGCGGGACCAUAGUUCAAAACAACAGUUUGAGGAGUGUGACAGACAAUUUUCAUAGCAUUCUGAUACGUUAUAGACCAAAUGAUGCAUCAAUCAAUUGAGAAAAGAAUCUGUGGAUUUAUUCACAAUGAAAAUAAAUGUUAGUUACAGCCCUACCAUUGUGAAAACAACAUCGCUAGAUGGGUGAAGAAUCAGAGUUUUUCAAGUAUGCUUUUCUUUGCAUGGAAGGAUGUUGACAUAAAUCUCUGACAGGAAAAUGGCCAUUAAGUCUGCUGUUAUCCAAUCCUGAACUAGGAACUAGAGGAAAAAUCAUUCAAUCAUAGUCAUUAGUAUGAAUACACUGGCAACGGUAAAUGUCUGUACAAAAUUCCUAACAAAAUCGUUGUUGGGAUAUUUCACUCUUAGCAAAAGACGAGUGACAGACAUUGCCUCAGCGCAAGUGUUUCUAAAAAAAAAGUCCAGCUUGUCUGUGUGUCUGUCUCUCUCUCUGUGUGUGUGUGUGUGUGUGUGUGUAUGUGUGUGUGUGUGUGAGUGGAGUUUCCACCACCCACUCGUGGGAGUCAUUUUCAUUUACAACAUCUAAAGUAGGAGGAGCGAGCUGCUCGCUGCUUUAAAAUGAUCCUCCAGUUCCCAGCAGCUGCAUCAUUACUAACAGAGCAGGACUGAGAGGUUGUGAGAUCAGGAUUUAUUACCGCGUCUCUCGGACUGUUGGUCCCGUUGCUUCGCUUGGAUAACGAUGCGCCUCCGGUCAGACACGACCGAGACAGGCGGCCUCGGGUCGAACUUCACCCCGGAUCACGGUGAGAGACCAGCGGGGGGCAGACGGUUUAAAUUCCCGAAGUUCUGGGGAACCCCGAGCGGUCAGGCCGGUGUGAGCGGCUCCUCCAGGACCGAUGGACGGCACUCACCCCGGGAAGAGGAGCCCCAGACCGUGACCCUCACGUUUGAUCAGAUCCUUGAGGCACGGCACUUGUGUGAAGCCAGCCGGCUGCUGAUAGAGAGAGAGGAGCUCCUGUUCAGGGAAAUCAAAGAGACAGAGGCGUUCAAAGAUCACCAGGAGGAAGUGGACAAACUGGCAGCGGACUACAGAGACCUGGAAGGCCUGGUGAUGCAGACUCUGAGACUUUCUCUCAGCCAGGAAGAGGUCAGCAUGAGGGCUCUGACGUCUGCUGUGAAGGCCAUGAACCAGGAGCUGAGCCAGGACCAGCAGUGGAAACAGAGGGAUCAGACCCCGCCGGCCUGGAGGCCCUGCGGGUGGAAGAAGCUCCACGACGAGAUGCUUCGCAGCUUGGUGGAGCACCGUAUGGACAGCCCCUUGACCCCCCCUGCUGACCAGCAGCAGCAGCAGCAGUCGUCCAUCCAGAGGGACAUCCACGGCAUGGGCAGGCAGCUGAAGGAGGACCUGCUGGUGGUGGUGGACGCGGUGAAGAGCUGCUACCCACCUGAGCUGGACAUCUGUAAUUUUUACGCCAGGUUGUACCACCAACACCUGAGCGCCAGACUCAGAAAGAUCGCAGAGUUUGUCCUGGAGGACAAGGACUGCAGUUUCAUCCUGCGCUGGGUCAACGAGUAUUAUCCAGAAAUCCUGCAAAAGGCCGAGCUGGCCAGCGAGAUCGACGCUGAAGCUUUGGGAAAACUGCUGCCGAGAAAGUUGUUGGAGCCUCUGGAGGAACAGUACCUGAGCAAAGAACAGGAUGAGCUGACCACCUACAUCGGCCGUGUGCUGGAGGAAGCAAAGCAGAAGUGGACUGACGGAGAGGAGCCGACGAGAGAGGACGGCUGCUUCGUCAGUCCUGUGGCCUACGACAUCAUUCAGCUUAUCAAUGGCAAAGUGAGUUCUGCUGAAAAGGUUGUGGGAGACCGGCACAAGGCCCAGACCAUCACGUGCAAACUGAAAGAUUUAAUGCAGAGGUUCAGCACCUUCCAAAACAACGUCAUGAAGCAAAACAAACCGAACAGCAGGCCGUUCAUCAAGGCGAAUCUCGGCUGUAUCCAGCAGUUCAGCGACAUCCUCCAUGGGAACAUCCAUCUGUUCCCGGAGGAGGUGCAGAACAACUGUCUGCUUAUUCUGGCUGACAUGAAACAAUCUGCUCACUCCUAUUUAUUAAAACCAGUGCACGAGAACCUCAAGCCACACUACCGCAAGCUGGGAACCAGUGACUGGCUGCAUAAGCAGCUGUUUGAGAAGCUGCUGGUCAGCAUCGAACAGGAGCUGCAGGAGCUUCAGGGUUCGAUUGAAUCCUGCCACCAGAUGCUGAUUGGCCAGCUGCACCAGGAAGUGACAGCAGAAUAUGUGAAGAGGCUCCUGAAAGGAGACGUCAAGCUGAAGAACAAGGAGCUGCAGCUGAAGGCCUACACGACCGUCAGGGACAACGCUGAGAGUCUGCACGGGUUAUUCAUCGCAAUGGGAUCAAACAAAGGCUGGUUGACGGAUAUCCUGACCAAGAUUGCACAAGUGCUGAAACUCCAAGACCUCCCGGCCAUACAGAUGCAAGUAGCAUCACUGGGAGCUGCUUUUCCCGACCUCACAGAGAAACAUGUUUCAGCUCUGCUCAAACUCAAGACCGACUUCUCGCGAGCCAACAGGAAGACCGUCAAAGAGACCCUGUCAGAGACUCUGAAGGAGAACAGCUCGGUCACCGCUCAGCCAUUUUUCUCCACAGUUCACGUCAAAUGAGCCGCACAGUUCUCUUCAUUUCAGUCACGUUAAAGUUGGCUGAAAGCUCGGUCGCAUAAUACCGUGUAUUAUAGUGCCUGCGUGUUAAAGUGUAUUUUUUAUAUUAAAUCAGUGCUAUUUUUUGUUAUUUUAAUACUUACAUGUGCAAUAAAGAGAGAAGCUUUAAUCUGAUAGUUUUACAGGAUGUUUCAUGUCAUGUGAUGUACAGUAUUUUUUUAGAGAACGUGUUAAAUGUAAUGUUGACUUUAUUAACAAAUCUGGUGAACCCUC